CACCUCUAUCUACGCCUGCCAACGUUUUACCGGCACACUUCUUGUUCUGUUAUUUGAUUAAAUCACCUUUAAAAAAUGUUCGGACUUGUUAGUAGACCAGCAAGGAGGAUUGGACAGACGUUGUCCUAUCUACAGAGACACAAUAGUACCUUGAUAGUGGCAGAGCACAACAAUGAGAGUCUUGUACCCAUAACCCUCAAUGCCAUUUCGGCUGCUAAGAAGGUCGGAGGAGAGAUUUCCUGUCUGGUUGCUGGUACCCAGUGUGCCAAGGUGGCAGAAGAACUUUCCAAAGUUUCCGGUGUAACCCGUAUCUUGGUUGCAGAUAGUGAGGAGUACAAAGGUUUCCUCCCGGAAGCACUUACCCCGCUUCUUUUGGCCACUCAAAAACAAUUCAACUUCAGCCACAUUGCAGCAGGUGCAUCCAGCUUUGGGAAGGGACUGCUACCCCGGCUGGCGGCUAAGCUCGACGUCGCCCCCAUCUCUGAUAUCAUCGAUGUCAAGGGUCCAGACACAUUUGUAAGGACAAUUUAUGCAGGCAAUGCUAUCGCUACAGUGAAGUCUCUAGAUGCCCUCAAGAUCUUCAGUGUGAGGGGAACGGCAUUCGAACCGGCAGAAGCCACAGGAGGGGCAGGGGCAUCAGAGCAAGCCCCUGCCUGUGAUGCCAAGAAUGACCAAUCAUCAUGGGUCAGCCAGUCAUUAUCCAAGAGUGAUCGGCCAGAACUGACCAGUGCAGAAACAGUCAUCUCUGGAGGGCGGGGCAUGAAGAGCGGUGACAACUUUGAACUCCUGUACACCCUUGCCGACAAGAUGAACGCAGCCGUGGGUGCAUCCCGCGCAGCCGUCGAUGCCGGGUUCGUUCCCAACGACAUGCAGGUCGGACAGACUGGCAAGAUCGUCGCUCCACAACUAUACAUAGCCGUUGGUAUCUCUGGUGCAAUUCAACAUUUGGCUGGUAUGAAGGAUAGCAAGACUAUCGUCGCUAUCAACAAAGAUCCUGAAGCACCCAUCUUCCAAGUUGCUGACCUCGGACUCGUAGCUGAUCUUUUCAAGGCUGUUCCAGAAAUGACAGAGAUGUUGGAUAAGUAGAGGUGACAUCGACCCAGCUCGAAUCAGUGUCGUCUAUGAGAACUCCCCGGAAUACUUGUUCAACAUUCAUGGCCGGGGCGUGUAUCCACAAACUGCCCAUGUCAAGACUGUAUAGUUAAAGGAAUACCUUAUGCCGUGGAUCAUCUUGUGCACUGGGCAAUCACUGUGAUCUGAUAUCCUCAAUUUAUUUCACGUAUUGGCAGAAUGAACACUAAUGAAAAUAAAUUUCAGUGAACAUGAACCAAUUCAUCAGACUAUGAGCUACAAUGUAGGAUGUAAUUUGCCAGCAGACACUGUAUAUCACUGUAAUUAUUAAAUCCAUAUGAUAAUUCUUUAAUACCUGGUGUACAGAUUAAAUGAAGAUAUUGAUAACACAACUACAUGUAUAUGUAUUGAAUUUAUUUGAAAAAAGAUAAUGAAAUGUUCUUUUUAAAUAUGAUAUAUUUGAUUAAUUUGUCUACACUACCAUUCACAAUGCUUUUAACUCACUAUUACAAUAUAAAAGCACUGAUCAAUUGAUUUGGUUCACUGAACCUUUUUUUCUCUGCUUUAUAGUGUUAUAGUGAGUUAAAGACUUGUGACUUGUAGUGCAAUAGAGCUCACUUAUUAAAUCAAACACAUUAGCAGGUUAAUAAUUGUUAAGUUUCUGUUGCUUAAUAUGGCAAUUGAGUAUGAUAGGAAUAACCCCACCAGGAUAUCUGAAAGAAUGCCAUAAUGAAUGACCUUGUGAUGAUAAGCUUCUAUACAGAUUCAGCUGAAAGAUAAUGGGUAAUUCCAUAAUGUAGUCAACCAUUUGGACUUCUAUUCCCCCAUUUUCCCAUGUAUACUUCACUCCACAAUCUCAUAAUUCAAAAGCAUUAUGAAUGCACUCUUUAUGAUAUGAACAAGAAAAUGGAGACAUUUCAGGAAGGUCAUGCUUAUACAUGAAGUAGUUGAUCAUGGUUGGACAUACAUACUUUGUAGAAUUGCCCUGGAAACGACUGAUGACAUUAAAAAUCGUGUCUGAAGGAUUGAGAAGAUUAGAAUAUACGAAGAAACGUGGUAGAUUUUAUACCUGUAAUUAGAUGAAUACAUAUAAAUGUACAAAAGAAUUCCUAUCUCUGUUAUAUUCUGAACAUAUCUCAAUACUUCUGUCACCGUUACUGUCUUCUCAUGGGUUUACGCAUUCUUUAAUUUAAAUAUAUUUUCUGUAAAUCUAUUAUUUGUGGAAGAGAAACUUUUUACAUGUUCAAUGAUAAAGUAUUGGAUGUUAUCCAUGUAUAAAUUUAUUAUCUGUGGUUGUGUUUUGCACAAAAUGAAUAUUCCUGUGAUGUUGGAUGAAGGAUGAUGUGUAGUAAUAUGUUGAUAAAGAUAUGAAUUAAAAAAAUAUGAAAUUUUACCUCAAAUUCUUUAUCCUUUGCAUCUCAUUUGGUUACCGAUUUCAUUUUCAUGUUUGACUGGUAUAUACAUGUCAUUUGAAAUAGCCUAACAUUAUCCAAAAUUUGAAUACAAGGAAGUUGGUUUUGACAUGGCUAUUUCAGACAUGGUUUUUAUUGGAGAGGGAGGUCAAUUUACCCCCCCCCCCCUUUGGGUCUAAAAUAAUUGGGCAGACUACAAGAAAGUAAUGAGCAUUCUAUUGAGAUUCUCCCAUUGGCAAUUCUACCACAAAUCUUUACGUCAUGCAUGGACAACCUUCCCCUUCAUACACUGAAAAUAUACGCCAACAUAUGAAUAUUGAUAUAAACAUGUACAACUGACCAAGACAAACUAUCAAACUACUCAAGAAUUUCAUCAUAGUUUUUAAAAAGUACAUGAACAUUUUAUUUCUGCUAUGACAUUAACUAUCCACAUUCAUGAGUUUGAUCAAGGCCCGUCUUACAAAGAGUGACGAUUGAUCCAAUCCAUCGUAACUCUAUGGGAAUCCAUCAGUGUCAUAAUUUUUUCUACAGGAAAUUUGCACAAUGUCCUUCGUAAACAAAGAAGCACAGUGAAUUUUCAAGAAAACAAUGAAUGCAUGAAUAUGUCAAAGCUAGAAAAUACUUUGAACAUGCAUAGUAGAUGUUGUUGCUGGCCGUCCAUAGUUGCGAUUGAUUGGAUCGAUCUCAACUCUUUGUAAGAUGGGACCCCUGAUGUGAAGGGAUAGACAGUAAAAUAAUCUCAGUUAAUACAUGUGUGAUAGUUGAAACUCGGUUCAAGAAAAGUAAGUAAAUUGAACAUGAUAUACAAAGGGAAAUACAUCUGUGACUUGGCUUGAUACAUCUAUUUAUUUCCUCCCAUGAGGGGAUUAACUUUCAUUUUCUAUCCCUGUAAUUCCAAAGUUAUCAAUAAUUAAGAAUGAAAAAUAAAAUGCAUGGCAGGGGAGACACCUAUAUACAUGUACACCAAUUGCUUAAGGAGUUCUGUGAUAAUCAUUCCACAUAAUAAUUCAAUAAUUACAUCAUUCAGCCUGAAUUAUAUAACCUUACACUUAUUACCAAAUUGUAUGAUCAAAGCCUGAUAACCAAAAUGGCAAUAAUACUAAGGUGUAGUGUAAGAGUACAUAUAAAAUUCAAUCGUCUAGAUUUUACUGUCAAAAUUCAAAGCAACGGUCAGUUUCAUUCAGUUUGAGCUUCGUAAUAAAGGCGAUAAUGGCAAAUUUUGCAAUGACUGUACCUUUCCUGAUAUAGCAGCAUACAGAAGCAACACAUUUCUAUGAAAGUAUCCCUUCAUAUGCCUUUUUAACCCUUGCUUUUCAAACAGAGAAUCAUGGGUUCAAAACCCAGCCACAUCGUCCCAGCAAGAUAUUGAUAAUUGUCCUGCUCUCGACCCAGGUGAGGUAAAUGGGUACCUAGCAGGAUUGAUUCCUUGAAUACACAUCUAUUCCCCUAUAGCAGAUGGAGCUUAAGCCGGGAAGAUAUAUCCUGCGGCAUUGAAUAACUAGACAAUCGGCACCUCAUAAAUGCUAUAUAUUUUUAUGAAUCAUAAAAUUGAUCUUCAUACAUAUUCAUGAUUGAACUUUCUUCUAGACUAACGCUAAGGCACAUAAAACCCAGACAAAAAUUUGUUUGACAUGCUAUACUGCCCUCACUCGAGCCCAAGUAUGUAGGUUUUAUUUUCAAUGAAUGUUGCUUCACAUUAAUUAAUCAAACUAAUAGACACUUCUUCCUAUUAAAAUGUUGUAUUUUUAUUGAUAAGUUUCUUUGUAUUCUUUUGAAUUACCAAACAUUAUGAAACCAAAAUCAUCACCCUAAUUUUUUUUCUUGUUUUAAAAUACAUUUAUUAACUUUAAAAUGUAAUACAUUUUCCAAAUCUCAAGUAUGAACUUAUAUUAACCAAGUUCAGAGAUUGAAUCAUACAUUGAUUCUUGAUUUCAAGAACUCCAAAGGAAAUUGAUAUUAGACUAUUCAUAAGCAUCGGUGUGUAUAGGUGCAUACCAUUUGGCAUGUGCUUUACCUGGACUUCUGCUUGAAAAUAAGACGCAUUCACGCUAAUGUGAAACACCAACUAUAACGAACAUAGAGGAGUGUGAACACAGAGGCCAAAUAUAUUGCAAAAAAAGUGAAUGUAAAUAUAAUUAACAUAAAGGGAAGAAAGUCACAGACUGCAUUGAACUACGGGAUAGCAUCAGAAUUUACAUGAACAGUGCUAACUGCACAAACCAAAGUCACCGUAAUAAUAAUAAAACAUUGUAAGAUGUAAAGCAAAAUACAUCAGGAUACUCAUUGCAAAACAAAAGAACCAACAUUAUUUGAUUCA